AUGAUUCGAAGACAAACCCGCCUUCGCCGCGAAUAUCUUUAUCGUAAAUCACUUGAGACAAACGAAAGACAAAUAUAUGAAAGAAAGCAAAAAAUUAAAGAAGCAAUAAGAGAGGGGAAACCUAUUCCUACUGAACUAAGGAAGGAUGCAGCACAGUUACAGAAGGAACUCCAUUAUGAUGAAGCGCAAAUAGAGCCAUCUACUCACAUUGAUGACGAAUAUGCACGCGCCGGAAUAUACGAUCCUAAGGUCUUGAUCACUACUUCACGGGAUCCCAGUAGUAGGCUUCAACAAUUUGCAAAGGAAGUGAGAUUGAUUUUCCCAAAUUCGCAAAGAAUAAAUCGUGGUAAUUACAUAUUGAAGGAUAUCGUGGAUGCAUGCAAAUCUAAUGACGUCACAGACUUGAUCAUUCUUCACGAGCAUCGUGGUGAACCAGUUGGAAUGAUAGUGUGUCAUUUUCCUUAUGGACCGACAGCUUUCUUCAGUUUACAUAAUGUUGUGUUGAGACAUGAUAUCAGAGACCAAGGCACAGUUUCGGAAGCCUAUCCUCAUCUCAUAUUUCAUAAUUUUAACACAAAAUUAGGACACAGGGUGAUGAGCAUACUUAAAUAUCUAUUUCCAGUGCCAAGGGAAGACAGCAAACGCGUUAUGACGUUUGCCAAUGAAAGUGAUUACAUAUCGUUCAGACAUCAUGUAUUCAUUAAGACAAGUCAUAAAGACGUUCAAUUGGCUGAAGUUGGUCCUCGAUUUGAAAUGAGACUAUACGAGAUUAAACUCGGCACGGUCGAUCUCAAAGUAGCGGAUACAGAGUGGGUGCUGCGUCCAUAUCAGCGCACAGCAAAGAAACGGGACCAUCUAUAA